AUGUUUCCUUCUGUGAUUGCUAUGGGUUCUAUGAGUUCUCUUUCUGCACUUCGCACUCAUUACCGAGUGCCACAAGCAGUUUGGGAUGCCUUGGAGUCAAAAUUAGGCGACUUCGCCGACGAGAUCCGCAACUUGGCGGCUAUUCCAGCCAACAUCUUUGCAAGAUCAGUGGAAUCAAUGACAUUGGCGGAUGGCUCAGCUCCUUCAGUAGUUCAGGCCACUCAGGUGGGGCUUGUUUGGAGGUUGGCGAGGAGAUGUAUGUGGGUCGAGUCAGGCAGGAGCAUCGACGAUUGGGUGGAUCCGGAUCCUUGGGAGUCUCUUGCAUCAACAACCCGUCAAGCUACCGCGACUCCAUCUGCGGCGGUGGUGACGGACAGCGAGCGGAAGGUGAAAAUGGCCACAAUUCUCGACCAGUCGGACGACUCGGAACUGGUCGUGGGCAAGAACAGCUCGAAGGACUUCCUCCAGGCUCUCGAAAGAUACAUCGCAACAAUGGGAGCUCCUCCAACAGAAGAGUCCGAACCUUCGUUGGAACAAUACCUCGCCUUGAAGCGCAGAACGAGCUCUGGCUUGCCUCCCUACGCAGAGUUCUCUGUGUUUGUCCCGUUUGCCCGCAAGGCUUUAAAGGCUUCCAAGUUCAGGUCGUUUGUCACCGUGGGCGAGGGGGAAUACAUGCUGAAAGAGCUUCCUGGACCUGCCUCUAUUACCCAGUGGUCAGCUUGCUACAAAGUCUACCGCACAGCACUGAUUAUGCUAAAUGUGGUGAGUGUCGCUCGCUUGCAAGCGUACGAAGAGUUCGUGGAGAGGAUGGCGAGACGAUACACGAACUGCUGGCAUCUUGUCUACACGGCGGAAGACAGAGCACGCGCAGAGCUAUCGGCAAGGGUAGCACACAGGAUUACGAUGAGAGUGGCCGCCGGGGACUCACCUCCACCGGGUUGGACACAAUCAAAUCCUUGGGAUGCCGUCUUCAAGGAGAUCUUGGACAGUCAGGACUAUUGGCAGGAACAACUACAUCAACCCGCUCUGACUUGGCUGGCCAAGGGCGGCAGAGGCAUCCCCAGCACUCCCCAAGAGGAUUAUGCGGCAGCGAACAUCCCUGGUGGAUUAGCCGCCAUCACCCCUCCCCCGGAGGUGGUUGGUGGCGCAGACAGGGGCAGCAGCACAAGGGCCAUAGCACGAAAAAGGAAGCGUGCAAAGGACAAGGAGGAUUUAAAGAAAUAUCGCGCUUCCGCUACAGGUUUCGUGCAAGGUGGUGGCAAAGGCAGCGGAAAGGGCACCGCAAGCGGGAAUCAGGGCAGUCAGAAGUGUUAUGGCUGGAACAAUGGCAACGGGGCAUCCCUCAAAGGACUGCCCUCAGAAGAAGAAGUGAGUGUAUUAGUAUUGAUGUCUUUGUCGGGUGAGCUUCGCUUCAUUCCGGUCAUGGUUUACGCAGCCGGCGAGAAGAAGAGGCAAGCCGAGGCGGACCAAGGUACCAUCUUGGCAGCUCGAAGCGUGCUCAUUGCAGAGGCCGUGCUCAACGCCAACAACAAGUCAGGGAUUAAGCCGCCGGUAACGUUAGAAAAUCCUCCACCUUCGGCGCACCCUCAACAUUUGUCAGCGUGGGAACUCCCAGAGGUCAAAACCUUCGCAGAUGAAGGACUUCUCAAAGGAGAUUUGGAUUGGGCAGCUUUCCCUACGUGCGCAUUCCAACCAGAACUCGAGGAGGGGAACAAAAUCUUCAAACCUCAGCGGUUCUUGGGCUCCUUACGUGAUUUGAGCUCGAUGUCGGCAGCAUGUUCGUGUACCUGCGGUAACCACAAAGGAGUGACCAUCACCGACUCCAAAGAUACUGCCGAGUACCCGCCGGCUUUAUGUGACAAGUUUGCGAACCUCAUUGUGGAGCACUUGGAGAAAAUGGCUACUUUGGAGUGGUUGAAAUUGAAAGAGAAUUACCUUUCUAAGGCGAUCGCGGAGUUAACGAUGACACCACAGGGCACCAAAGAUCCGAAAUCACAGAAAGCGAAGGCUAAGUUUGACAUUCAAUUGAAGGUUGAUGAUAUGGCUCCGGUUUCAGAACAACUCGCCCACAGCUUUCAGGCCGUGGAGGGCACGAAGGUUCGAGCGCCGAGCGCAUACAAAAGCUCAGAAGCCAAACCUAGCGCGGGGAACUACGGGAAGGUGGAGUCUCCUGCCAAGCAUGUGAAUGAGGAGAAGCCACACCUUGGAGGCAUGCGCAAUCCUGCAUUGGCGGUUCUGGGACUUCCUUCGGCUAGGGCAUUGGGGGUGAGAAUGAUUGCGGCGUGGGAAUCCUUUGUGACGAGGAACCCACAAGCACUACAUCUCGCAGAGCGCUAUGGCACGAAGGACGCAACGGAAGACGUGCACAUCACAAAAGAGUGGAGGUCUUGCCUCCGAAAGGUCACGGGCUCGAAGGGUCUCGAUGCAGUCAGACUCAAAGAUGCUCACACAUUCACCUCGCCAUUGCAUGCAGACUUGUUUGAAGCUUAUUGUAGGUCGGCAGGUGAUCCAGAAUCCGAAGUCCAUCAUUGGAUCGCUGACGGCACCCCGCUCGGCAUGGCCAGAGAAAUCAAACCUUGCGGGAUUUUCCCACCAGCGGAAGCUGAGGAACCCCAAGAAGAGUUAAUCACAGCCGCGGAGGUUUUGGACGGGAACCCUCUUCGCAAUUACCUUUCUGUGGUGAUGAAUGAGGGUGAAGCUGACAUCGAGCUAAAUCGGUAUGAACGUGAGGGCUACUUGCGAAGAAUCAGUGUGUCGGAGGCCAAGCGGCGAUACGGCGCAGGAACGAUUUCAAAGCUCGGUUUGAUUCUCAAGACCAAACAGGAUGGAAGUCUGAAAAGAAGGAUUGUGAUCGACUUGAAACGCAGCACUGGCAACAAGAAAGCUAAGCUUCGCGAAAGACUCACCCUUCCAAGGCCCAGAGACGUGAUCAAGAUGGUGAAGUUUCAGCACAAGAAGAAAAGUAGCUUGAAAACCAAAUACAAACGGCAUGGUUGGGACACAGAGGACUGGGCUAAGGAGUGGGUGAUCAUUGAUGUGCACGAUGCGUUCAUGCAUCUAGCAGUGCACCCCGACGAGAUCAAGCAUUGUAUGGCCCCAUCUCCGCAGGAAGGGGAGAUCAUCUUGUUCCUUGCCGUCCUGUUGGGCUUCAAGACGGCUCCGCUUGUGUGGGCUCGGUUGGCAGCGUUAACUUCGAGGAUCCUCCAGUGCGCACUGGACCCCGUCGAGGCAGCGCACCAGACUUACUUGGACGACGCGCUAUGGGCCUUGCAGGGAAGUCUGCGCCGACGGAAUGUCAUUCUUGCGUUCAUCCUUUACACCUUGAGGGCCUUGGGCUUCAUCGUCUCGCUGGCGAAGGGCGCGAGGGGUCGUGAAGUCACUUGGUGCGGAGUAGUAUUCACACACACCCAGUGCGAUCACAUCCUGUUGGGAGUGUCGGAGAAGUUUCUGAAAGACCUUGCUAGCUUGCUUCAGGGCUGGAGUAGUGGCAUGGCCCCGAUCAAAGAGCUGCGUCGCGCAGCGGGAAAAGCGGCAUGGCUCUCCGGCAUCUUCCCACGCACUCGGUGGGCAACCCGCAUGCUCUACGCAGCCCUUCAUUCCAGAUUAGCCGAGGUCGCAUCCGGCACAGAAGAACGUCGUCGACAAGCUCGAAAAGACAACAGGGGCAAAGAGGCUAUGUUUUAUGUCAGUCGGCUCAACCACGUUCACCUUUGGCUUCUCAAACUGGCCAAUGCGGUGGAAGCGAAGCCGACGAGAUGUGUGAACAUCAUGCCUUCUGACCUGGGGCCUCAGGCAGUCAUUACGACAGACGCAUCACCUAUGGGCUUAGGAGCCUAUCUCACCGUCAACGGGGUAGUGACCAAGUUCCUCGAGGCAAGAGUUACCAAGCAAGACGCCGAAUACUUUGGCUUCAGACAUGGGGAUUCCAGUAGCCAGGGCAUCUGCGAAGCUUUAGCUGUGUUGGUUGCUGUGUGGCAAUGGCAACACAGUUUGGCGGAUUCGGUCACUCUGACCCUCCGUUCAGACUCUGUCAUCGCCUUAGCUCUCACCGGCAAGCUGAGCAGCCCCAACGACACCUUGAACCUCAUUGGAGCCGAGCUGGCAUUCUUGCUGGAACAGAUUGACAUCCAAGAGUUCAAAGCAGUGCAUGUUCCUGGUGCCGCGAACAAGGUGGCGGACUGGUUGUCCCGUCCGCAUGAGAGGUCAGAGCAACACCGUUCCGCAGUCUUGAAACACGCCAAAGGCGCAGUCGUGGACCUUCAACAGGCUCGCAGCCGUGGUCUACUUACUUUCACUUUGCAAACCACCCGCAAACUCUGCGUGUGGCAGCACCUGCUCGGACCCCUGGCAGAGUCCCUGGGAAUGUGGUCGGGCACAGCCGCGGCCUCGUUGCAGAGCUGCCAGUGGGAGGCAAAGCUUUCCAAGGGCGAGACAGCUCGGGCAGUUUUCUCCAAGAGCGAUUUAGCUUCAGAAGAAGAUUCGGCGUCGUCCUCGGCUAGCCAGGAGGUUGCUCGCCUGGCAACCACUGAGGCUGCUGGGGCUCUAGCCGUGAAGUCUCCUUCUCUGACGCCGGAAACACCCAGAACAGGAAGCUCUCUUAAGAUGCUUCCAGUGAAGGGUUUUCUUUCAGCUGUUCCCUCUUUCAUUGCUCCUCCAGAGAAGAAAGUGCAUGAUGCAGGUUUGGGGAGACUCCUCACUUCAGUGCAGGAAGCGAGCAGGGACAACACUUUCCCGCCAAAGCCUCCGGCAGUUCAAACUUGGUCGCAGAGACUCCUGCAGGAAAGCCGGCUUGGAACCGGGAGAAAGCCUUUCGCCUCAGAAGCGCAGACUGAGUUUGAAGUUCCACUCCUCCCAUCGAAAAGGGCAUUGAAACGAAGGCUCUCGCCAUUGUCCCCGAGCGACGAGGCAGACGCUGUCAAGGCUUUGAGGACGGAUUACUUUGCCGUGACCACCACGAAACCUAAGUCAUCAAGACGUAGGACAGUCCUCAGGUUGGCGUCGAAGGUGAAGAAGGAUGGCUCUGUGUUCCCUUUGCAACCCCGGACGCUAGAAGUCGUGGCUGCGCACUUUAAGAAGGCAAAGUACAGAUCCGGGGCAUCGUAUUUGCUUGAAUUGAAGCUAGUGCAUGUUGAACGAGGUCACGCUUGGACCCACCAACUCGAUCGAGUAAUGCAGCUAUGUAAGAAAAGUCUCUCGAGGCGCCUUGGUCCCCGAAAGAAGGCGAAGGAAGUACCUCUGCGGGUCGCUUCCGCUGCUGGUGAACCUCGGACUAAGAAGGGCAAGACAGCUUGCAACAGGCGGCCUCGUGCAACUGUGGCUAGCAGAGUGUCCAAAGACUUGGUCGAGCACGCUAAAGCCUUCCACCUCGCGAAGGGCAUGAAGGGACCAGGUCCUCUGUGUCCAGCCUCAGGAGGAGGCAAGGCGAACAAGGAAGCCACAAUCAAGGCUUGGCAAGCCUUGUUUGGCAAAGAGACGACGGGGCACUCCCCACGGAGGUCGGGUGCUUUGCAUUACAUCCGGGAAGGCCACGCGCUGCAGCAGGUCAAGCACUUGGGAAGAUGGAAGUCUGAUGUCAUCUUAGAGUACGCCAAGGAAGCUUUAGCUAGCAUGCCGGCGCUGGGCAGCUCGGAAGGGAAACCCCAGAUCGAUGUCGACAAGCUAGUGGAAAAGCUUAUCCUUGAAAGUAACAAACUCAAGGACGACAUUCAGUUUCAGCUCGCAGCAGUAAAAGAGUUGGUGGCGAAGCAAACAGUCCAAGGGGGAAAUCACGCACCAGCUCAGUCGUGCGUUUUCCCAUCGCUGAAGAUCCGUUCACACAGAAGCGGCAUUGUGCAUGCAGUUGAUCCUGUUUUCGAAGGAGAAACUCCGCAUCUCUGGAAGACUGGCUGCGGUUGGCCUUUCGGCUUCUCGAACUAUAGCUUCGUGACUGACAACGCCAUCCUCACAGGAUGCAAGAGGUGCAUGCAGAGCGCGCCAGGGGCAUGA